CCGUAUCAUCCUAGGUUGCCGGAAUCGCAAGAUUUAUUCGAUCAGUCUCGACGUUCACCACCACCCAAAAAUUCAAACACCAUAACUCUAGAUCUAGGGCAACUCAAGAUGGUGCUAGUGUCCGCCGUUAGGGAUUACAUCAACCGGAUGUUGCAGGACAUCUCUGGCAUGAAGGUUCUCAUCCUCGAUUCACAAACGGUUAGCAGUGUCAGUGUUGUCUAUUCACAGUCUGAUCUGCUCCAAAAAGAAAUAUUUUUGGUAGAAUUGAUGGAUUCAAUUUCCAAGUCAAAAGAAUCUAUGUCACAUCUCAAAGCUGUUUACUUCAUUAGGCCUACUUCUGAGAAUAUUAAUCAUCUGCGGCAUCAGUUAUCUAAUGCUAGAUUUGGAGAAUACCAUUUGUUUUUCUCCAACAUGUUAAAGGAUACCCAGAUUCAUAUUUUAGCUGAUUCAGAUGAAAAGGAAAUUGUCCAACAGAUUCAGGAGUUCUAUGCUGAUUUCAUUGCGAUUGAUCCAUAUCAUUUCACUUUAAAUAUGUCCUCAAAUCACCGUUAUAUGCUGCCCGCAGUUGUGGAUCCUUCAAGUUUACAGCACUACUGUGAUAGGGUUGUUGAUGGUAUUGCUGCAGUUUUCUUGGCAUUAAAACGAAGACCCAUUAUUAGAUAUUCAAGGACCUCUGAUAUUGCAAAAAGGAUUGCAAAUGAAACCUCUAAGCUGAUGUACCAGCAAGAAAGUGGUCUUUUUGAUUUUAGAAGAAUGGAAAUGUCUCCAUUACUGCUGAUAGUUGAUAGAAGGGACGAUCCUGUGACUCCAUUGCUUAAUCAGUGGACUUAUCAGGCAAUGGUUCAUGAAUUGAUAGGUAUUCAGGAUAACAAAGUCGACCUGAGAAAUUUUGGAAAGGUUCCCCAAGAUCAGCAGGAAGUUGUGCUGUCAUCAGAACAAGAUGCCUUCUUCAAAGCUAACAUGCAUGAGAAUUUUGGAGAUAUUGGAAUGAAUAUCAAACGAAUGGUGGAUGACUUCCAGCAAGUUGCAAAAAGCAAUCAAAAUAUUCAAACAAUAGAAGACAUGGCCAAAUUUGUAGAUAACUAUCCUGAGUACAGAAAAAUGCAAGGGAAUGUUUCAAAACAUGUUACAUUGGUCACUGAAAUGAGCAAGAUAGUUGAAGAGAGAAAGCUUAUGUUGGUUUCAGAAACAGAACAGGAGUUGGCCUGCAAUGGUGGGCAAGCAGCAGCUUUUGAGGCAGUGACAAAUCUUUUGAACAAUGAAAGCUUAUCUGAUAUUGACCGUUUACGCCUUGUAAUGUUGUAUGCUUUGCGUUAUGAAAAGGAGAGCCCUGUGCAGUUGAUGCAGCUAUUCAACAAACUAGCUUCUCGGUCUGCCAAGUACAAGCCAGGGCUUAUGCAAUUUCUCUUGAAGCAAGCUGGUGUUGAUAAACGAACAGGUGAUCUUUAUGGAAAUCGUGAUCUUCUGAAUAUUGCUCGUAACAUGGCUCGUGGGUUGAAGGGGGUUGAGAAUGUCUACACUCAACACCAGCCACUUCUCUUCCAAACUAUGGAGAGCAUAACCAAGGGGCGGUUGCGGGAUGUGGACUACCCAUUUGUUGGAAAUCACUUUCAGCAGGGCAGGCCACAGGAUGUAGUUAUAUUCAUUGUUGGUGGGACAACCUAUGAGGAGUCACGUUCUGUUGCCCUACAAAAUGCCAGCAACAGUGGAAUUCGUUUUAUCCUUGGUGGGUCAGUGGUUCUUAACUCUGAAAGGUUUUUAAAGGACCUAGAAGAAGCCCAGAGGAUAGCUCGAUCCAGCACCAAUAUAUAAAAUAAGGUUAAAAUCAUGUCAUAUGCUGCAUAGUGCAUUCCAUGUAUAUCAAUAGUUGUCACUCUAUACAGGCAUUCUUAUUUGGUGAUCUGAGGUGGGGCAAUACUAUAUCCAAAUUUUAAGAACUGGUUGAUUAGGAGUCAUCAAAACCAGCUUGUUAUUUCUGCGCCAUACGGGUUGAUGUUCGCCAAAUUUGCAUAGAUGGAGCUGUAAAAUGCUUGACAACCAUAGAUUUAUCUCAGGGAGAUUAGAUCUUGACUGCGCUCCAAGUUUCACAUAUAAAUGCUAGUUUUCUUCCCUAGUGUGUGUGGUGUUAUGGUAACAUUCUUCUUUUUCAUACACCUACUAACGGAAAUAGAAGGAAUUUUCUUUACAGAUUUUCCCUGUAUCAUCUCUAUAUCUGGUUGAUUUAUUCAAAGGAUUUUGGGGAGCAGUGUACCAUUAUAUAUAUAUAUAUAUAUAUGAACCCGAUUUUUAAAAUAAAUUAGAGCUUUAACC